AUGAAGCCGUCAGUGUUCUAUGGCAAGGCUGAGAGGAGGGCUGAAAUGUACAGGGUACAAGUGGUUAUACCAUCACAUGAAAGUGAGGAUGAGCUAGGGAUCAGUGACGAGGAGUAUGAGAGGCAGGCAGAAUUAGUUGAAGUUGAAGCUCAGGAGGAGGCACCUGCACCUCCUGAGGUGGAAAAGGCUCAGAAUCUGAAUUGGCAAAGGAGGCGAACCAUCCUGCCAGUACCCAAAUGGAAAGGUGCACUACCGAAUCUAAUGAUGGUCCGUGAGCCAAUUCAAUACUUUGAAGGCCUUCUCAAUAGAGAAGUUUUUGAAGAUGUGGCAAAGCAGACAAAUCUUUACGCAGUACAGGAAGAUCCCAGCAAGCCACUUAAUGCAUCAGCAGAUGAGAUUCAGCAAUUCUUUGGCAUAUGCCUUUACAUGUCUGCUUAUGGCUUACCGUACACCCGUAUGUACUGGGGCAAAGAUACUCGAGUUGAUAAAGUGGCAGAUGUCAUGUCACUGUCCCGCUGGGAGAUGAUUAAAAGAUUCUUGCACUUCGCAGAUAACACUGAGCAAGUUGCUGAAGGCCAACCUGGAUUUUGUUCAAGAAGUGGGCUGAAAACGUACAACCCCAAAAAGCCCAAACGAUGGGGAUACAAAAUCUUUGUGUUAGCUGAUCAACAUGGCAUUGUCCACAAUUUUGAAUUCUACACUGGUGCUGUCCCUGCUGCUGAGGGAAUGCCUGACAUCGGUGCAAGUGGCAAUGUAGUGCUAAGAUUGGCCUCAGUCAUCCCUCCCAACAUGUCUUACAAACUGUUUUAUGAUAAUUGGUUUUGUGGGGUAGACCUACAAGUCAUCCUGGAGAAAUUUAAAAUCCACAGUGUGGGAACUGUGAGAAAGAACAGACUUGCCGGUUGUGUCUUCACAGAAGACAAAGAAAUGAAGGCUAAAGGUCGCGGAACAUUUGAGGAAAUGGAGGCAAAACACAAAAGCGUCACGUUGAAAGCCGUGAAAUGGUUCGACAAUCGUCCAGUUAUCCUCCUCAGUACCUUCGCUGCAGCAACCCCCACCACCACAGUGCAGAGGUGGGACAAGAAAGCAAAGCAGAUGGUAACAGUUGUGCGACCCAACAUUGUCACCGUGUACAACAAGUGCAUGGGUGGUGUUGGCCUAUUGGAUUCCCUCAUUGCCCUGUACCGUACUAAGAUCAGAUCCAAGAAGUGGUACCACUGCAUUGUGUUUCACUUCUUUGAUCUUACAGUGGUGCAGGCAUGGUUGCUUUACCGCAGGGACUCUGAUGCCAUGGGAAUUUCACAGAAGACACAAUUGAGCUUACUGGACUUCAAGGUCAAUGUGGCACUCUGCCUUACAAAGGUCAACAAGGGCACCACCAAACGAAAAGGUAGACCCUCACAGAGUUUGGAGGUCCGUAUAGAAGAGAAGCGGCACAAAGGACCCACUGCCCCCCUUCCACCAAGCAGCAUCCGUCUUGACCGCUUUGAUCACUGGCCAGAGAUGGGUGCACCAAAAGGAAGGUGCAAGAGUCCUGGCUGCAAGGGAAUCGUCAGAGUGGUUUGCUCUAAGUGCAAGGUGCACCUCUGCCUUAACGGAGAGAACAACUGCUUUAAGGUGUUUCACAUAGAGUAG